AGCGUUUCACCGUCGUCCCAUGUCGCCCGCGCCCGGUGCCAUGCCGGUCCUGAAGGUUGACGCGGAUCUGUAUGACUGUAGCAGUGCCAUUGUGUCCUUUGGAAAGGCUCGACGAUGGUCCUCCGCCCUGGCAGUGUUGGAGGAAAUGCCCCAGCGGCGCUUAUGGCCUAAUGCGGUGGUGUGUAACUCGGCGAUCACUGCCGUGGGCACCGCGCAGCACACGUGGGCCACGCUCAGCGAAUUGCUCGACCGCGCUGGCCAAGUGGCUGAAGGUGGUGCGGAACGGCCAGAAGUCAUUGCCUAUAACUCGGCCAUGUCCAGCUUUUCCAAGGUCACCAGGUGGGCCCAAAGCCUUGCCAGCUUCGAAGCUCUUCGCAUUCACGGACGUCAACCCGAUAGCUGGAGCUUUGUGGCGCUGCUGGGCACGGUGGAGCAGCGUGGAAACGCAGCGUGGAGCUUGGCCGUGGAGUGCCUGGAGCAGAUGCAUUCACGACGCGUGGAGGCCGAAGUGAUGACACUCACUGCAGCCAUGGGGCUCUGCGAGUGGCAGCAGGUCUUGGCACUUCUGAAGCAGAUGCGGAAGCUGAGCAUCAGCGCCAAUAUUGUGACAUCCACUUCGGCGAUGGCGGCCUGUGCGCGAGGCAGCCAAUGGCCCAAAGCGCUGGACUUCUUCACCGAGCUCCAAGGAAAGUCGCAGCGUCCAACGGAGGUGACCUUGGGCGCGCUGGCCACUGCUUGUGAGAAGGGUCAGCAGUGGAAAGCGGCGUUGCAGCUAAAGCAUUCAGCUCCAGUGAUCAACGUCGUGGUCUUGAACUCCGUGCUUGCAUCCAUGAGGAGCUCCGGACGUUGGAGGAGUGGUCUGGAGCUUUUAGGCGCCCCCGGAGCAGACACCGUGAGCUUCAGCUCAGUGAGCUCGAUUUGCGAGAGACUUCGACAGUGGGAAGCGGCCCUGCAGCUGAACAUACUGAUGCGCCGCAAGCAAGUUGAAGCCGAUAGUGGCUCUUGGAAUAUGCUCAUCAGCGCCAGUGGCCGCGGAGCGGUUUGGGAGACCUCCCUGCAGAUGGCCAGGAGUUUGGUGCUCCGAAGGGUGUGGCCGACGAUGAUCACCACGGCCGCCACAAUCGGUGCUGCGGGCGCUGGCAAGGCAUGGCCGCAAGCACUGCAGUGUUUGGACGCCUCGCUCCCGCAUGGUCAGGAGCUGCUGUCCAGCGCACUGUUCGCUUGCGAAGUCGCUCAGCGGUGGACGGGGGCCCUGCAGAUCAUGGAGGUGAUAAGCUUGCGCGGGCAUGAGCCCGACAUGGUCCGAUGCUCGUCGGUGGUGAGCGCUUGUCAGGGUCAAUGGCUCUUGGCAUUGGAAUUGCUGCAUCAGUUGGGGGCGCCAAAAGACAUGGGCCUCAUUACUUAUGCGGCCUGCAUUUCUGCCUGUGCGGCAUCUUUGCAGUGGCUGAAAUGCCUGCAGGUCUUGGACCAAAUGCGUGUGUGUGAGAUCGAGAUUGAUGUGAUUUUGGCCUGCGACGUGGCGUCCACUGUGCUGCAGAGUGGCCACCACCUGCCAGGUCUCCUUGAUGAGGUGCGAAGCUCCUUGAGGAGUUCCACCACAGCAACGGUCUCUUUGGCCACUGCCCUUCAGCAGUCGGAGAACGUCCUGCCAUGUCUCAACAUCGUGCAGAUGCAGAUCCGCCCGACGGUGGAAGAGAGUCCGGCGCGCUGUGAUGCUUGGAAGCGAUCAUGA